AUGACAUCGACCUCGACUACACCCUUUGCGACGCCUGCUACCUCCCUACCGAGCUCAAGACCAGAGACUCCAACCCAAUCCUCUCCUCCUGCUAGCACCUCGGGGGAGGUUCCGUUGCAAGAUGAAACAUCCAAGCUACGAACGUUCUUGAGCUUGUUGAGAAAGUUUAUCGGGGUGACAGAUAUCGCCAACGUCCGGUUUUCUUUACCCUCUCAAUUACUGGAACCUAUACCCAACCUAGAAUACUGGCAUUAUCUGGACAGACCAGAGACUUUUGCAAGCAUUGGUACUUCGGACGAUGACCUCGGUCGUAUGUUGGAAGUGCUCAGAUUUUGGUUCACAAAGGAUUUGAAAUAUGUCAAGGGCAAGCCUUGCAAACCAUAUAAUUCGACGCUGGGAGAAUUUUUCAGGUGCAACUGGGAAGUCAACGACCCAGCGCCACCCAUAUUGAAUCCAUCCAAGGCACCACCCCAGCCGCCCGCCGAUCCCAAAAAUCCUAACGGCAAGGAGAAUCCUGUACGGAUAUCUUUUUUGACAGAACAAACCUCUCACCACCCACCUGUAUCAGCAUAUUGGUACGACUGUCCUGAGAAAGGGCUUCAUGCCCGAGGCUAUGACCAAAUCUCCGCGCGCUUUACUGGCACCUCCGUCCGCGUCGUUCCCGGCAUGUAUAAUCGUGGAAUCUUCAUUACGCUGACCAAGCGAGACAAUGAGGAAUACCAGCUGAUACAUCCGGCGGCAUCGCUCGGUGGCCUGCUCCGAGGGUCCCUGUACAUCUCCGUGGCAGACACAUGCUAUGUGACGUGCCCCAAGACCAAACUGAAAUGCAUUUUGACGUACGUGGAGGAAAGUUGGUUCGGCAAGGCUCAAAACCGUGUCCACGGGGUGAUCUUUCGCUAUGAUCCUAAUGACGACAAGUACACGCGGGUCAAGGACGUACCUGACAAAGACAUUCUCUCCAAAAUCGAAGGCUGUUGGCAGGAACAGAUCACCUACACGAUUCCAAACACGGCGGCUGUCAAAGAGAGGCCAGAUCUCCAGCCAACGUCCGAGAAGCAGUUGCUGAUCGACUUGCAGCCGCUGAUGCCCGUUCCUAAAACCUGCCCUCCCUCUCCUCACCAGCUGCCGCACGAGUCACGUCUGUUCUGGAAGGACGUGACAGUGGCGAUCAAUGAGAAGCGCUAUGGAGACGCUACGCGCAUCAAGCAGGAUCUCGAGCAGGCGCAGCGAGACAAGGAGGCCAAACGCAAGGAGCUCAACACCGAGUUCAGGCCGCGCUUCUUCACCUCCGUCACCGAACCUUCUGGAAAGCCCGAGUUGACGCAAUACGGUAAAGAGACACUUGAAGGCCUAAGCAAGAAAGAAUUUCGGCUGGAACAUAAGCCCGAGGCUGGGAUUGAUGUUUAG